AUGAAGUCUACCACUCAAGGACAAACGUUUCGAACAUUAUUGUAUGGUCAUGCUGUUUUAUUAAGACAUUAUAACAGUCAAAUGCAUUUAUGUUGCCUUUCUACAUGUACAUCAAAUGAUAAACUUGCUUUCGACGUUGGACUAACGAAGCAUACACAGGGUGAAUCAUGUUGGUGGACAAUUUAUCCGGCAUCAAAGCAACGAAGUGAAGGAGAGAAAGUUCGAUUUAAUGAUGAUAUUAUUUUGGUUUCAGUAUUUUCCGAACGAUAUCUGCAUGCGUAUAUGUCGCUUAGCGAGCGAGGUCGGGUUAAUGCAUCGUUUCGUCAACAAGUAUGGAAUCUUGUACCAAUAUCAAGUGGAGUAGGAAGAGUGAAAAAUCCUGGCUACGUACUAGGCGGCGAUGUCAUUCGAAUUGUACAUGGUAAUAUGGAUCAGUGCAUUAUCCCACCACCACCAGAUAGUACGAUGAUAGACGAUCCAGGAAGUUUGUUUAUUAAAAGUGGUGCUGCCUGUCAUCAGGCUCGAUCAUUGUGGCGUAUAGAAUGUUUUAAAAUAAAAUGGUAUUCAGGAUUUGUUACAUGGAGUGCAUUAGUUCGUUUUCGAAAUGUAACAUCCGGGCUCUAUUUGGCUGUAUUAGCCGAUGAAAAUAAUGCUCCGAGAGUAACAUGUAUAUCGAAAAAAAAUGCCAAUGUUCAAAUGAUUACCUUUGAACUGAAAAUGUCCAAAGAAAAGCAAAAUGAAGAAAUACAAGAACAAGAGAAUUUAGGCUCACCAACAGUGAAAUAUGGUGAUACAAUGGUCUUUAUAAGACAUGUUGAUUCAGAUUUAUGGAUAUCAUAUGAAACACUAGAGUUAACAAUUAAAGGAGUUGGAAAAGUAGAAGAAAAACGGAUUAUUCCUGUAGUUGAAGGUCACAUGGACGACUGCUUCAAACUCGUUCAUGCACAAGAAGAAGAACAAAAAACAGCGUUGGUAAUUAGAAUAUGCAAUGCAAUAUUAGGUCGAUUUAAUCGUACAGAUGCAAUUGAUUCCGAAGCUGUUAACCAUUUAUUAAGUAAAAGUGAUGUUGUACAAGCAUUAUUAAAAGAUUUAAUUGGAUUUUUUUCACAACCUGAUCCAUUAUUAGAUCAUGAAGAAAAACAACUACGUUUAAAAGCGUUAAGAAAUCGACAAGAUUUAUUUCAAGAAGAAGGUAUGAUUCGAAUAAUGAUGUCGGCAAUUAACUUCUUUAGCGAACGUCGUGAUAAAACAAUACUAUUAGAAGAUAUUGUUGAAAAAAUUGAAGAUAUUACUGAUAAAUUAUAUAUUGUAUUAGCGGCAAUGAUUAAAGAAAAUCGAAAUAAUUGUUCAAAUUUUGCUCAAAGUACAAGAUUAAAUUGGCUUGUUAAUCGAUUGCAAUCACAACAGGCAAGCCGAGGUGUAUUAGCGGUGUUACAUAACGUACUGGUUGAUAGUCCAGAAGUGUUAAAUAUGAUUACAGAAUCGCAUAUACUAGCAAUUAUUGCUUUAUUAGAUCGAAAUGGACGAGAUGCAAAAGUUCUAGAUGUUUUAUGUUCGUUAUGUGUUAACAAUGGUGUGGCAGUUAGAGCAAAUCAAAAUGUUAUAUGCGAAAGUGUAUUACAACGUCGCGAUUUGUUAUUACAAACAGCACUUAUAGAUCAGAUCACAUGUAUGCGUCCAAAUAUUCUUGUUGGUGUGGAAGAUGGCGAUUCUAUGUAUAAAAAGUGGUAUUAUGAAGUUGUUAUUGAUCAUAUUGAACAGGUAACACAUGUUAAACCACAUAUUCGUAUUGGAUGGGCGACAACUCAUUUUUUACCAUCACCUGGUCAUGGUGAUGGAAUGUCAUCGAUCGGUAUUGGUGACACUACCUAUUCAUUUGGUUUUGAUGGUCAUAGUAUUUGGUUUGCCGGUCGUUCAUAUAAAGUGAAUAAUAAUGAUGGAAAAACAACAACAAAUGAACUAAAGAAAAAUGAUGUUAUCGGUUGUCUAUUAGACUUGCGUAUACCAGAAAUGUGGUUUUCAUUAAAUGGUUUACCUGUUAAAGGUUUAUUUAGAGAAUUUAAUCUCAAUGGAAUGUUCUAUCCGGCUAUAUCAUUAUCGUCAAGAGUCAGUUGUCGAUUUAUUCUGGGCGGAGAACAUGGCCGUUUUACCCAUCGUGUACCUGAAGGAGCCGCGCCGCUAUUCGAAGCUAUGCUGAUAAAACAAAAAGUUUUAAUUGAGCCAUAUUUUACUUUUGGCAAUGUUGAAAGAAACCGUUUAGAAGGUCCAAUGGCAAUACAAAACAAUAUUGCAUUUACACCACAGCCCGUCGAAACAGCACAUGUAAAUGUUCCCGUUUUUCUUGAUGGUGUGCGUGAUAAAUUAGCCGAAAAUAUUCACGAAUUAUGGUCAAUGAAUAAAAUUGGGAGUGGCUGGCGAUAUGGAGAGUUUCGUAAUGAUACGCAAAAAAUACAUCCAUGCUUGACGUAUUUCGAUAGAUUACCCAUGAUUGAGAAACAAUACGAUAUUUCAACAGCUAUGGGAAAUCUAAAAAGUUUAUUAGCACUCGGCUAUCACAUUGGUAUUGAUAUAAAAUCAGAUGAGAGACGUUUGAAAUACGUUAAACUUCCAAAUACGUAUGUUCAAUCAAAUGAUUAUAAACCACAGCCAUUAGAUUUGUCAAGUGUACAAUUGAGUACCAAAAUGGAUGAAUUAAUUGAUCUAUUAGCGGAAAAUACACACAAUACCUGGGCAAUUGGACGUAUUAAAGAUGGAUGGAGUUACGGUGUAUUCGAACGUAGUCCACAUUUAAUACCGUAUGCAAUUAUUGAUGAUAGUAUUAAAAAAAUUAAUCGUGAUAUUGCAGGCGAAACGGUCAAAACUAUACUGGCCUACGGGUACACAAUUGAUGCUCCAUCGGGUGAUGUUGAGGAUAUCACUUGUCGUUCAAAAGCAUUAUCAUCAAAAAUCUCAUCACCACUCGCGCAAUCGAAUAACAAUAGUAAACGCAUUCAACUCUAUCGUACAUAUCGUGGAGAAAAAACAUUUGCAGUUACCAAAGGCAAAUGGUAUUAUGAAUUUGAAGUAAUAACAGCUGGACAAAUGUUAGUAGGUUGGUGCAAAGCAUCAAAGGUCGAUUGCUAUCAUCAAUUGGGCAGAGAUUCAAAUGCAUACGUUUUUGAUGGAUACUAUGCGAGACGUUGGCAUCAAAAUUCAUCAGAUUCAUUUGGAAAACAAUGGCAAAGUGGAGAUAUAAUCGGAACUAUGAUUGACUUACAUGAUAAAACUAUUAGCUAUUCGAUUAACGGAGAAUUUAUGUUAGAUAAUUAUGGAAAUGAGGCAGCAUUCGAUAACCUUGAAAUUGAUGACGGUUUUGUACCCGCUAUAACAUUCUUUGUGGGACAAAAAGCUCGAAUCAAUUUUGGACAAGAUGUUAAUUCAUUAAAAUACUUUACCUCAUGUGGGCUACAGGAAGGAUAUGAACCAUUCUGUGUUAAUAUGUCAAAAAAUUUAACAUUCUGGUAUUCAAAUUUUAUUCCAUGUUUUGCGGAUAUAUCACCAAAUUCAACUUCGUUAGAAAUUAUCCGUAUUGGUGCUAGCAGAGAUAAUUCACCAUCAAUUAAAUUAGUAUCAAAAUUAUUUGGUACAUUAGAUGCUGUUCAAUUUGAAUUUUUACGUUUGUCAUUGCCUUUAGCGUGUCAUGAUAAAUUUACGCCAAAGCAUAUUACACAAGAACGUAAACAAAUUGCACUGAAUGAAUUUCUUUAUCAACAAGAGGAAAAAGCAUCUUUCUCUUUUCCUGUACUUUCUUCAACUACUCGUCGGUCAUCGCUAACUCCUGGUACCACAGAUACAAUUAAUUCACUCUUAACAACAACAUCAGAUUUAACAACAAAUUCGAAUUUUCUAUCGCCUGAUGGUGUACAUGCAACAACUGAAAGUAGUCCUUUAACAACAGCUAAUAAAGGUUUACGUAAUCCUGCAAACUUACUAGUUAAAUUUAAAGAUUCAUCAGUAUCGAAAAAAAAAUCAUCAUCCCCACAAUAUGUUAACGGAGAUGCACAUUUGUUAAUUGAUAGAUCGGAUAAUCAGACUGUUACAAACACUCAACGUUCCAAAUCACCUGGCAAAAAACUGAAUCAUUUUCUUAACCGUUUUGCAAAAGAUACAGCUCGAACAGAUUUAGAUAAUAUAAAAUCGAGUAAACAUUCAGCAAAACAUAAUUCUGCUAAUAUCAAUUCGAAUGUAAAUACACUCGUUGUUGGAGCUACACCACCGCAAUCCGCAUUAAAACCACCACCAUCACUAGCACGAAAAUCUAGUGCGAUUCGACGAUCUUUUAUUGAAAAUGAAAAUGAGGAAACUAUUCAAACAACAGAAUUAGAUACAGAAGAAAUACAAGCUACUGCUGAUCAUAUUCACGAAUAUUAUUAUUCAAUACGAAUAUUUUCAUCUCAAGAUCCAAAACAAGUUUAUAUCGGAUGGAUAACAUCAAAAUUUAGACCAAUACUACAAGAUGGAGGACAAUCAGCACACUCAUCAUCAUCAUCACCAUCAUCACCGUCGUUAAACACAGCAGCUCUAAGUCCAAGUGAAAAAUUAUCUAAACUUGUUCGAAAAUGUACAAUAACACAAACAGCUGAAGAUGGAUCAAUUUUAGAAAGUGUAACACAUAGUGAUUCAUACAUGUUUUCAGCAUGGGAACUAUUAGAAACUAUGCCAGACACAGAAGCUGUUGCUCGUCGAGUAACAAAUGGUCUAUUAAUCGGAUGUGUUUGUGAUGUAUCAACGGGACAAUUAACAUUUUACGUUAAUGGAAAAGAAUCAGCUCAAAAAUUACAGGUUGAACCAGGCAUUAAAUUAUAUCCAGCCGUCUUUUUUCAGCCAACCGCUAAGGAAAUUUUACAAUUUGAAUUAGGCCGAAUUAAGGGAGUUUUACCAUUGACUGCAGCUCUCUUUCCAUCAUUGGGAAAAGAAGAACGUUGUCUACCGCGAUUACAACCACGUCUUCACUUGCAAGCUUUAGCGCAUUGUCAUUGGUCACGUGUACCGAAUGUGAAUAUUCGCUAUCAACAAUUGAAACUAUCAGAUCUAAAAGGAUGGAGUGUGUUCUGUGAAGAUCCGGUUCAAAUGGAAGCAGUAUACGUACCUGAAGAAGAUCGCUGCACAGAUAUUUUGAGUCUGGUAGAAAAUGAAGAUAAUUUGAAUUUUUGUGCAAAUACAUUGACUUUAUAUAAUGCAAUAUGUGCUCAAGGAAAUAAUCGAGCAGCUCAUGAAGUAUGUAAACUGGUUGAUGAAAAACAGUUAAUGCAUUGUAUAAAAGAUCCAUAUCUGUGUGGUUCAUUACGCGUAGCUAUCCAUAAUUUACUAAUUGCUCUCCAUUUUGAGCCACAUGUACGGGGAAAAAGUUUAACAAUUAACGAAUUUAUCAUACCAUUAUCAGCUUCUUUGAAAAAAAAUGCUCUAUUACGUACACAUGAGUCAUUUGCGGUACAAAAACCGACAACGUAUAUACCACCGAUGGAAAACUUUCUAUCUGUAAGACCAAAAUUGAUUAAAGAAGAAGAUAUUAAAUCCGAACGUGAACGUAAAUUACUUGUACCACCACCAUUUAAUGUUACAGCAUUAAAAGAGUAUGUUAUGUCAUCAAUAACAGAUGCUGUUGAAAAAAGUGCUAAACAUCUUCGUGAUCCAGUUGGUGGUUCAUAUUCAAAUUGUCCUUUAUUACAACUGAUUGAUGCGUUGCUUGUUAUGGGAUUAUUAGAUAUUAACGAUAUUCAACAGUUAUUAAUAUUGAUUGAUCCAGUAUCAUUUGAAAUAAACUCUCAAAAAGAAGGAUUGUCAAACAUCGAUGAAGGUUUAUUACAGAUGAAAUUGGAUGAACCGGUUAAACUUCAAAUGUGUUUUGUACUACAUCAUUUGUGUGAUUAUCAAUUACAAUAUCAUAUUGAAGCAAUUGUUGCUUUUUCUGAAGAAUUUGUUGCUCAAGUUCAAGUUGAUCAAAAAAGGCGUUAUAAUGUUUUGAAAGAAUCAAGUUUACCACCAGCUUUGAUGGCGAAAAAAACGAAAGAAUUUCGUUGUCCACCUAAAGAUCAAAUGCAAGCACUGAUGAAUUUUAAACGAAAUGACGAUGAUGCAUUAAUUGGAAAUGAAGACAUGCAAGAAGAAAUUAAAGAAACAUUAAAAAAUUUUCAUUCGAAUCUCUUAUUUUUACAACAAGUACAACUAACACAUACGGAUUCUACCAACACAUUAGCAAUAAAAAAGCAAAUUGAUCCUAAUUCAUCAUUAACGAUUUUUGAACGCUUACUACAAAUUCUUAUUCAACAAUUAAUGAAAAAAAAUAAUAAGGCAAACGAAUUGAUCAAUAAAGUAAAAAGUUUAACAUGGAAACGUGGAAAAACGUUAUGUGAAGUUAUUAAAAAGACAUUGAUUGAAUGGGGUUACGCAACACACAUCAAUGAUCCUAAUUUAAUACGAGAAAUAUUCAAAUUACUCUAUCGUCAAUAUGAUGGUAUUGGAGAAAUAUCUCGGUGUCUCGAAAAAACAUAUACAAUUAGUGCAAAAUCUAUUCGUGAUAUAACUCAAUUACUUCGUCAAUUAAGUACUGUACGUGCACUGUUAACUGUCCAAAUGGAUGCAGAUGAAGAGGAAAUAAUGAUUCGAUGUUUAAAUGAUAUAAUUGAUAAUAAAGUAUUUUACCAACAUCCCGAUUUGAUGCGUUCGUUAUGUGUUCAUGAAACAGUUAUGGCCAUUAUGGUUAAUCGUCUAAAUAAAAGUAAACAAGAACAAAGUUCAAUGUCAGAUUCAAAUGAUAUUAAUGGAUUAAUGUCGACAAUGGAAGGUGAAAAUCUAGAAUCUCAUAUACAAAAGGAAGACAAAGUGGAACUAGUUACAACAUGUUGUAAAUUUUUAUCCUACUUUUGUCGUACAUCACGUCAUAAUCAACGUGCUAUGUUUGAACAUUUAAGUUAUUUAUUAGAGAAUAGUUCAAUGUUGCUGUCUCGUCCAUCAUUGCGUGGUUCAUCUCCGUUAGAUGUUGCAUCUGCCAGUGUCAUGGAUAAUAAUGAAUUAGCAUUGGCGUUACGUGAAUCACAUUUAGAAAAAAUAGCAUCUUAUUUAUCACGUUGCGGUACAACAAGAAAUGAACAAUUAAUUUUACAAGGUUAUCACGAUAUUGGAUGGGAUCCGGUGGAAGGCGAACGAUUUUUAGAUUUUUUAAAAUUUUGUGUCUGGGUUAAUGGUGAUACUGUUGAAGAAAAUGCUGAUUUAGUUGUACGCUUAUUAAUACGGCAUCCAGAUUGUCUUGGACCAGCGUUACGUGGCGAAGGAGGUGGACUGUUAAAAGCAAUUAAAGAAGGGAUUGCACAAUCAUUAUAUAUAGCACGAAGACAAAAUCCAGAUGAUCCUUUGAUACAAUUGGCUUAUCAAGAAAUGAUGGAUGAUGAAAGUAUGCACAGUUUAAAUGACGAGUAUGAUCGAUUACAAGUUCGUUUGCCGUAUGAAGAUGAUGAAGAUUAUAUUGACUUGGGUGCCGCUGAAUUAUCAUUUUAUGCAAUUCUGGUUGAAUUAUUGGGACGUUGUGCACCAUCUGAAGAAACAAUUAAAAUGGGAAAACCAAAUGCUAUUAGAGCAAAAUCCAUAUUAAAAAGUUUAGUAUCCAUGGGUGAUUUAGAAGGCGUACUAGGAUUAAAAUUUCUAUUAUCAAACGAAGAAUCAAUGCCAUCAGGAUUACAACCGACUCAUAAAAUGUCGAUAAUUCUAUUUUUGGAACGUGUCUAUGGUAUACCAGAUCAGGAAACAUAUUUUCGUCUAUUGGAAGAUGCAUUUCUACCAGAUAUACGAGCAGUCACCGUUCUUGAUAUGGCAACAGCAUCUGAAAGUGAUAUGGCAUUAGCAUUAAAUCGUUAUAUAUGCAAUUGUGUUAUACCAUUAAUGACAAAUCAAGCAAAUUACUUUGAUGACAGUGAUCAUCGUUCAUCAUUAUUAGAAUCCACCUUGCAUACAGUCUAUCGUUUAUCAAAAUGUCGAUCGUUAACAAAAAAUCAAUUAGAUGCGGUGUGUGAUUUUUUGCUGGCAUUUGCCAACACGUUGAAACCAUCAAUGAUGACACCAUUAUUGCGAAUAUUAAUAUACGAUGUACCUGCAUUAACCAAUCAAACCAUUGUUCCACUAAGAAUGUUAACACAAUGGUACGAACGAUGUGGACGAUAUUAUAGUACUAGUGCUACAGAAGAAGAAAAACGUUUAACAAUGAUGCUAUUUCAAAAGAUAUUUGAUGCAUUGGCCUCUCGUGCUUAUGAUCCAGAAUUAUUCAGUAAAGCAUUGCCCUGUUUAUCAGCGAUUGGUAGUGCAUUACCACCGGAUUAUUCUUACUCAAUUAGUGCUCAAGAUAAUAUUAAUUAUGCACAAGAACAGAUUAAAUUACAGGAGGAAUAUGAACCAAAUCCUGUUGAUAUAACAGGUGUUUCAUUAAGUCCACAUAUGGAAGAAUUUGUUAAAGCAUAUGCUGAAAGUGUGCAUGACCAAUGGAGUUAUGCUAAAAUUGAACAAGGAUGGUCGUAUGGUGAACAAAUUAAUGAUAAAUAUCGUCAACAUCCAAAUAUCAGACCGUACAAAACAUUAGAUCGAAAAGAUCAAAUUAAAAUUGAAGAACCCAUACGUGAUGCAUUAAAAGCGGUGGAAAAAUUAAAAUUUCAUUUGGAAAAAACGGACAGUGGUUCAACUCGUAUGGCCAUAAAACCAAUACAACGAAAAAAGCAGAAAGAUAUUAAAGCGUCCGAUUAUUUUCCCCGAGCGGUGGAUUUUUCUAGUAUGACGCUGACAAGGGAAAUGGAGGAUCUUGCAAGAGCAUUAGAAGAGAAUGCACACGAAAUGUGGACGCGUCAAUUGAAAAAUCGUUUAUAUGCAGUUGGUGGUGGUUUACAUCCUCGUCUUGUACCCUAUGCUUUAUUAACCGAUAAAGAAAAACAGAAAAAUUAUAAAUUUUAUCAAGAAUUAAUCAAAUAUCUUCAUACAUUUGGAUAUCAUAUCAUAAAAAUUAAUGAGCAAAAUACUUUAGCAUCAUCUCUAUCACCAUCCCAUAUCACCGAAAAACGUUUUGCAUUUAGUUUACUAGAAAAAUUAUUAGAAUAUGUUGAACGGGCUGCUCAUAAUAUGCAAAAUUAUAAAGAAAGUUCAAAAUUUUCUUUACAUGAAAGUUAUUGUUUAUCAACAAAAGAUGUGAAAUUUUUUGGAAAAGUUGUACUACCAUUAGUUGAACGAUAUUUUCAAGCGCAACGACAUUAUUUUAUUAUGCCCGCAUCAUUAAAAACGGGUGUUGGUUACGCAUCGGUUAAAGAAAAAGAGAUGAGCUGUAGUUUAUUUUGUAAAUUGGCAUCUUUAUUACGUCAAAAAUUUACGGCAUUUGGAAAUGAUGUCAAUAUAUCUGUAAGAUGUUUAAAAGUCUUGGUACGAGCUAUUGAUGUUAGUUCUGUAAUGAAAAAUUCACAAGAAAUGGUUCGUGCAUCAUUGUUACCAUUAUUCAAUAAUAUAGCCGAAGAUUUAUAUCAAACGGUACAAAAUCUUCAACAUGGACGUUAUAGUCAAAUUAAAGGUACAUUACAACGUGGUGCCACCAGUCUAUCAUAUAUAAAUAUGGUACUGUUGCCUAUUCUAUCAUCAAUGCUCGAUCAUUUGGGAAAAAAUCAAUAUGGUGUAGAUGUUUUUGAAAAUGAAAUACAAUUGUCAGGUUAUAAAAUUCUAAACGCUUUAUGGAUAACUAGUAAACAAGGAAUUAAAUUUGUCAAUCGACAUCGUCCAUUAAUAGGAGAGUGUCUUAGUGCUUUUGCCGCAUGUUUUCCUGUAGCAUUUUUUGAACCAGAACUUAAUCGUAACAAUAAACAUGCAUCAAAUGUUUCACAAUUAUCACCUGAAGCACAAGAUGUUAUGACAGAAGUAGCACAAACAAUUCCACAUUUAACAAAAGUCAUAGCCGAUAUUGAAGAACAUGUUGAUUCUGGAUCAAUGUACGAUGAUGCACCAUAUUUAAUUGAAGUAGUAUUACCAUGUGUUUGUUCAUAUUUAUCAUUUUGGUGGAAUUAUGGUCCGCAAAAAGUCAAGCAAACAGAUAGUACUAAAAUUACAAAUGUAACGUCAGAACAUAUGAAUUCGGUACUAGGAAGUGUAUUAAAAUUAAUUAACAACAAUAUUGAUACACAAGAUGCACCAUGGAUGAAACGUAUUGCAGUUUAUACUCAAGCGAUCAUAUUGAAUUCAUCAACAAGUUUACUAGAAAAAUAUUUUCUUCCCGUAUCGCAACGUUUAAAAUUGAAAUGUGAUGUUUUAUAUUUUCAAGAAGAAAAUCUUAAACAUGCUACACGAUUAGAAUCUUCGGAUAGAGAAGAUUUGGAAACAUCGUUAAUGAAAAAUUAUGAAAUAUUAGUUCGUGAUGUGUAUGCAUUUGGACCACUGUUAGUUAAAUAUGUGGAUUUACAUCGUUCCUCUUGGUUAAAAAAUGCUGAUACCUAUGCUAAUGAAUUAUACAAUAAUAUGGCCGAAAUAUUUUCAACAUGGUGUAAAUCAAAAUUUUUUAAACGAGAAGAAUUGAAUUUUGUUACUCAACAUGAAAUAGAUAAUACGAGUAUGUUAAUGCCGGGUGUCAGUGGUACAUCAGGUUCAUCGGCGGGUAAUAAUACGUCAUCAGUGACUUCAACAAGUAACACUGUGGGAAACGCUUGUACAACACCAAAUGAUAUGAUGAAAAAUUUUGGCGAUUUGGAUUCUGGCGGAGGAGGUUCAUUGAAACAGAAAAGAAGAAAACGUCGCAUGGAAAAAGAAAAAUUUACAUCGUUAAGUGUUGCCUGCAUAAAACGUCUAUUACCAAUUGGAAUGAACAUGUUUGGUGGACGAGAACAAGAAUUAAUACAGUUAGCCAAACACAAGUUGAUUGAAGAUGAUCAAGAAGAGGCUGUUCAACAUUUUUUACGUGAAAUAUUAUAUGCCCAAGGAAAGGAUGAAAUGAUAAAUAAAAAGAAUUGGCAAAGUUUAUUAUAUCGAAGAAUUGGCUCUAAAUCCACUGGUGUUGCGGUAUCUCCAGAAGAAUCUAUCAAAAAUAUUCUAAAAAUGGCUAAAGUUUUAUUUGGUUUACAUCUUGUUGAUCAUCCGCCUACACAUCGGCAUGGAACAGGACGUAAACUAAUGUCAUCACAACGUAAAAAAGCGGUUAUGGCAUGUUUUCGAAUGGCACCACUCCAUUCUGUGCCAAGACACCGUGCUAUGAACAUGUUUUUACGUGCUUAUCAAGAAAUAUGGUUAGAAGCUGAAGAAGAUACACGAGCAAGAUUAAUUGAAAAUUUAUGUGCCGAUAUUGGUGAACAAAAUGAUAUUAAACAAGAAAUAACAAUAAUUAAAGAAGAGGCAGAAACUGAGACAACAUCGUUAACAUUGACAUUAACAUUUAAGCCGGAUGCAUUAAAACAAUUGUUACAAUGUUUAAAUCGUUCAGCAACUGCUGAACAUUUAUCAUUAUUUAAUAUCACAGAUGAUAUUGUCUAUUUGUCUUAUGCAACUAUUAUGAGCAAAAGUUGUGUUAUCAGCGAUGAUGAUGAUGAUGACGGAACAGAGGAACCAAAAUCCUUCCAGGAGCAAGAAAUGGAAAAACAAAAAUUACUGUAUGAACAAAACAGAUUGGCAACACGUGGUGCCGCUGAAACUGUGUUAUUAUAUAUUAGUGCUAGUAAAGGUGAAAAUAAUGAUAUGCUACAAAGAACAUUACAAUUGGGUAUAUCGUUAUUGCAUGGUGGAAACAAAGAAGUUCAAACACGCAUGUUAGCCUAUUUAAAAGAAACAAAAGAUGUUGGCUUUUUUACAUCGUUAGCAACAUUGAUGGCAAAUUGUAGUGUUCUCGAUUUGGAUACAUUUGAACGUUGUAUUAAAGCUGAAGUACUAGGAGUGGGAUCAGACGGGAUGGCUGGUGAAAAAAAUUUACAUGAUGCCGAUUUUACAAUAUCUUUAUUUCGAUUUUGUCAAUUAUUAUGUGAAGGACAUAAUCUUGCAUUUCAAAAUUAUUUACGUUCACAAGCGGGCAGUAAUACAAAUGUUAAUGUUAUUAUUUGUACUGUCGAUUAUCUACUCAGUUUGCAGGAAUCAAUCAUGGACUUUUAUUGGUAUUAUUCUGGAAAAGAAACAGUUGACGCUCAUGGAAAGGAAAAUUUUUGUCGUGCAAUUAAUGUGGCAAAACAAGUUUUUAAUACAUUAACAGAGUAUAUUCAAGGACCAUGUCCUCAAAAUCAGUUGGCACUUGCUAAUAGUCGUUUAUGGGAUGCCAUUGCCGGAUUUUUACACAUAUUUGCUCAUUUGCAACGGAAAUUGUCACGGGAUCCACUUCAAAUUGAAUUACUUCGUGAAUUAAUGAAAUUACAAAAAGAUAUGAUUGUGAUGCUCUUAUCCAUGUUAGAAGGAAAACAAAUGGUCGAUACUCUAAUUGAGUCACAACCAAAUGUUGAAUUAUUAUUACAAUUUUUCGACAUAUUUCUAAAAAUGAAAGGUUUAACAACAUCGGAAGCAUUUCAAGAGUUUGAUACAAACAAUGAUGGAUUCAUUUCACCAAAAGAAUUUCGUCGUGCGAUGGAAGCACAAAAGAUGUACACAACCCAAGAUAUUGAUUAUAUUCUAAUGUGUGUGGAUACGAAUCAAGAUGGUAAAAUUGAUUUUAUGGAAUUUACGGAACGUUUUCAUAAUCCAGCCAAAGAUAUCGGUUUUAAUAUGGCCGUAUUAUUAACAAAUCUUUCAGAACAUAUGCCACACGACGCAAGACUUCAACGAUUGAUGGACAAGGCAAAAAGUUUUCUAUCCUAUUUUCAAGAAUAUCUUGGUCGUAUUGAAAUUAAAGGUGGCGCUGGCUACAUUGAACGAGUCUAUUUUGAAAUAAGAGAAGGGAAUAUUGAACAAUGGAAUAAAAAGCACAUCAAAGAAUCGAAAAAACAAUUUUUACAUUUUUCGGUUAAUGAAACAGAUGACAAAGAAAAACUCGAACAAUUUAUCAAUUUUUGCGAAGAUACAAUAUUUGAGAUGGAACAUGCUGCCUCAUUGAGUGGUGAAGAACAAAAUCCUGUAGCACAGGUUGUUCGAUUGCAGAGUGAAACCGGUUUAAUGAGUCAACAUUCAAUGACAAUAGAACCAAUUAAAAUUGCUCUUUCUUUCACAUGGAAGAGCAUCAAAAGUUUAUUUCAUUUGUUAAAACCAUCAACAAUACGUGCCAGUUAUUUGACGUUAAAACAAAUGACAUUAUUAGAUAUUGGACGAGCAUUAAUGAAAUUAUCAAUUAAUUUAAUGCGGUUUUCGUUCAUGGUUACUAUUCAUGUUCUCAGUCUGCAUGUUUUUAUCAUCCUCAAAUUUCUUCUACCAAAUCGUCAUUAUUACUAUAUGGCAUUUGCAUUUCAACAUUUCAUUGAACGUUUACAGUUAAUAAUAUUUAUCGAUAUCAUCAACACAAAUAAUUACAAUGAUUAUAAAAGUAAAUCAGCUGCUAUUUAUCAACCUGAUACAAGUUAUAUUAAUAAUAAUUACAAUAGUACAAUUAACAUAAAUAAUCGCAAACGUUCGUUAUUUUUCUACAAAUCAACAAUAACCCCUCGACAUCGACUAAAAGACAUUUUAAAACUACCGAAAGAGAAAUUGAAAGUAGUACAGUACUCUCGUGCUAUUAGAUCAUCACAAAGUUCAAAUUAUUAUAGAAAUGUAGCAAAAAACCUAAUGAAACGAAUGUUAACAUAUUGCUUAUGGAAUUUACUCACGGGUGAACCAGAAACUGUUGAAAAAAUUGAAGUAGCAGCACCAUCUACGAAAUGUCGAGAUCAAAUAUCUGCACAAUUUGGUUUCAACCAUUUUGAAGAAACAACACCAAUAAACGCAUUUGGAAUUGGCUUUAGUAGUGAUGCACCCUUAAAACCAAAAAUGUCAAUAGCUCCUAAUGAUCGAAUGAGUUUGUUAAAUUUUGAUAAUGACAUGGAUGCACAAGCAUUUGAGGAACAUAUGUCUUUAUCUAUCAAUACUGCUGAUCGAAGAACAAGAAAAUCAAUAUCAACACGUAGAAAUACCAGAGCAUCGCUUGUUACACCUCAAAUGCAGGUUGAUCAACAGACAAUAAUAGCGACGAUUCCUGGAUCGCAAUUAACGACAACAGUACAUAUGCAACCACAAAAUAUUGAAAAAACAAAAUCAGCACUUGAUGAAUAUGAAAAAAAACAAAUUGUUAAUAUAGAAGAAGAUGACAUUUUUCAACCAGAGCCACCACCAAAAUCAGAUUAUUCAAAAAAAAUAAUGGCAUUUGUUGCAAGAAAUUAUCAUACUCUAAAGUUUAUCGCACUUAUUCUAGCAUUUAUUAUUAAUUUUCUAAUGUUAUUUUAUAAAGCAAUCGUUCCUCCAUCAAACGGUGUACAAACACUACCGGAUGAAGCAAUAACGCGUGAAUAUGAAGAUGAAAAUGAAGUGAUUAUGAUUGAUCCAAAAAAUUACUAUAUGAAUCAUCUGUUACGUUCAAGUGCCUUUCUACAUUCAUGUGUGGCAUUUUUAAUGAUGAUUAGUUAUUACAAAUUAAAAGUUCCGUUAGUCAUAUUUAAACGUGAAAAAGAGGUUGCAAGAAAAUUAGAAUUUGAAGGUGCAUGGUUAACUGUUGAAGCAGCAGAAGAUAAUCCAUGGAUUAUAUCAUAUUUAUCACGUGAAUGGCAUAAAUUAGUUAUUAGUUCAAAAUCAUUUCCCGAUUCAUAUUGGGAUAAAUUUGUUAAAAAAAAAGUUCGAAAUAAAUAUUGUGAUCAAUUUGAUUAUGAUGAAUUAAGUAAAUUUUUGGGUAUGGAAAAAAGUGAUACACCACAUAAAUUUGAAAUAUUGAAACAAUCAGAAUGUGGCUUUUGGGGAAAACUAUUAGCUAUAGAUUGGCGAUAUCAGCUAUGGAAAUGGGGUGUCAUAUUUACUGAUAAUUCAUUUCUUUAUGUAUUUUUCUAUUUCUUAUUUUCUGUUAUUGGAAAUUAUAAUUAUUUUGUAUUUGCUGGUCAUUUACUCGAUGUUGCUAUUAGUAUCAAAGCAUUGAGUACAAUAUUAAAAUCAAUUACACAUAACGGCAGACAACUUAUGCUUACAAUCAUGCUAAUGGCAGUACUCGUCUAUCUUUACACAGUAGUCGCAUUUAAUUUUUUUCGAAAAUUCUAUACUAAGGAAGAAGAUAAUGAAAUAGAACAAAAUUGUAAAGAUAUGUUUACGUGUUUUAAGUUUCAUUUGUAUAGUGGUAUUCGUGCUGGUGGUGGCAUCGGUGAUGAAUUAGAGUCACCUAACGGUGAUCCAUUAGAAUUUUAUAGAAUCAUAUUUGAUAUAACAUUUUUCUUCUUUAUUAUUGUUAUUUUACUGGCAAUUAUUCAAGGUUUAAUUAUCGAUGCAUUCGGUGAUCUGAGAGAACAAUUGGACUCGGUUAAAUCAACUCUUGAAUCGAAAUGUUUUAUUUGUGGUAUUGGUCAAGAAUAUUUUGAUAAAGAACCACAUGGUUUUGAAGUUCAUACUACAAAAGAGCAUAAUUUUGCUAAUUAUAUGUUUUUUUUAACACAUUUACUCAAUAAACCGGAUACAGAACAUACUGGACAAGAAAGUUAUGUAUGGGAAUUAUAUCAAAAACGCGAUUGGAAUUUUUUUCCUGUAGGUGAUUGUUUUCGACGACAAUACGAACCUGGUGGUAGUACAACUGAUCAAAAUUAA